CAGGCAUAUUUUUUUUUUUUUGUCGUCCAAUUUGGCUCGUUCAACAUUUUGGGUUGCCGACCCCUGAGCUAUAAGAUGAACCUUUCAGCAUUUUCUUUCUCUCAGCACCACCACAAUACAAACAUUGUGUUGUGCUGAUAAGAUCAUAUGUGUCGAGUCAGAAUGCUGCUGCAAGCUUUGCUCAAACAUUUUAGAUGUUUGUCUUUGUUGUAACUUUUUACUUUGCCUUUACUAUAAACACACAAACAAAAACAGGUUUUUGUUUCAAUUUUUUUCUUUGACAUUUGAAAAAUUCUUAAAAAGCGUUUUAAGGUUAUGAGGUGUCUUUGGAUCUCAAUCCAAUAGAAAAUCUGUUGAGGGGUUGAAAGUUUAUUGUCCACUAUUAGCCCCACAAUAUCGCAGCUCUCAAGAAGAUCUGUAUGGAAGAAUGGACCAUAAAAGCAGAAAUAAUUAGUGCAAACCUGAUAAAGAUCUAUGGGUUGCAUUUGACCUCUAUCAUUGCAAAUCAGUGUUGCUUUUUUUUUUUUUAUUAAGGGGAGAUAUGUGAAAUGUGAGUAAAGAUUUAUUCGUUUUACAGAAAGAUUUGCAUGAAUUAAGUCCAUAAUCUUUGGCAGUUGGGCUCUAUACUGCUCACGUCUUGUGUGCUUGAUAUGAAGUCAAACCCCUGAUGAAUGAAUCGAGACCAUGCCAAAGCAUCACUGCAGGUGGAGAACAGGUUAUAAGAGGGCUAGUGAGCAUCUAGAAUGCAGAGAGAAAAUUCAUAUUAUUUUCUCUCACAGUUGAAGUGUAUGAUGUAAAAAAAAAAACAUUUCAUCUUUUUAAUAGGCUUGGUGUCUGACAAAUACUUUUUUGCAUCUCUGUAAUUCAUGAUCAGUGAUCAAAAUCUUGCAGAAUUGUAGUUGUUGAAGGUCCUCUGUGGUUUGUUCUUCUCCCUCCACCCUCCAACAAGGAGCCAGUUAAUACAAUGAAGGUGACUGGCAAUGGUCCACACACAGCAGAGAGGACAGACGAGUGCUGAUCUCCUGCAACCAUGACGAUUCAAGUCUUGUUUUUUACGUUUGUCCUUACAGGGGGCGGUACAUUAAAUCCAGACUUUCGUGAUCCUCAAGCUAGGCAGCUUGUAUCUAAUGGGACGACUGAAUUUUCAUCAGGUAAAUAUAUAUAUAUAUAUAUAUAUACAUUUUUUAACUAAAGCAUCUUUGAAUUUUAUAAUUUUCUGUAUGAUGACAUUUCAACAAAAAUUUUAUUUAUGCCUUUUUACUAUAAAUGCCUUCUUGGUGUGGCAAGUGGUCAGACAAAAAGCAACAACGCCACCCCGGGUACAGGGUCCGGGGAACCCAAAGCGCUGUAACACAGGCGCGCAUAUAAUUUUGUUAAAAUGAGGCCAAGACAUGGUACCAGUUAAAAGUAACUUUAUUUACACUAAAAUGUAUUAAAAACAAGGGACUCCAUCAAACUGGAGAGGGAGAAAUGGGAGGAGACCCUUCAAGGGCCGAGGCUUACCAACGGAGCGCUGGGCCGACCCACGUGGAGGAGAUUGGCAACCAAAUAAAAAAAAAAAUAGAAAAAUACCCCACUCUGUGGCAUGCACACACACGUGAAUAAAACAAAAACAAAAAAACAGCUAAAUCCACACAUGCCCCAAUUGACCCUCCACCUGUUUUGUCGCCAGACAGGCUCCGUCCCCACACUUGGCCCUAAAAAAAAAGGAGGGAAAGAUAUAAAAACCAGGGUCGGCAAUAUUUUACAGAGGUCUGCUCCCAGGUAGUUAGGGGGAUUGCCUGGAGCUGUGAAGUAUCGUCCUGCUACAUGGGCGGAAACAUUUUUUCGUUUGUAGCGUCAAAUAUAAAAAAUAAAGUAAAUUAAUCUUCUCGUUGUAUUUAUCACUGGUCUUCUGGGUGGAUUUUGUUUGUGUGUGUUUUUUUCUCCUUUCUUUUUAACAGGUGACUUUGGCACAUUUGAGCUUGAUUAUCCUAACCUAGGCAUGGCCCCCCUUCCCCCAGAAGCCAUUGACCCUUUGGAAAUCAGGCCGGAACAUUUCAACCGAAUUUUUAAACCUUUUCGAGACACUAAAGUUGAUGUUUCAUACGAAUGCAGUUAUCAGUCUGUUUUAAACAAGUUGAAUCUCAAGGAAAACAGUGACAAGUACGUUACAACCCGCCCUGUUGCAGACCACCGGCAUUUGACGUGCGUUUUUGUUGAAAUGAGGAUAUAUGCCAUUAUGGAUGUGGACAGAGCAGGAUAAAGCCACACCAAGUCCUCAUCUCAAUGUCGGAAAUUAUGGUUGGGUUGAAUUCAGGAAUGACCAAGUGGUGGUCAGCACAUGCAAGAUGGAAGUUUACAGAUUUCCAUUUGACAUUCAGAGCUGCAACAUCUCCUUCAAAUCUAUCAUGCAUUCUGAUGAUAAACUAAGGUUGUUCUACCAUUCCAACAACUCAGAGCUCACAGAGCAGUCUCGUCAAACAAUCCAGACGCAAUAUGAAUGGAUUUUUCUCAAUAUGACAGUAUACGAAAAAACUGUCAAUCAUUUUGGCUUCGACCAAACGGUGAUUGUUUACACUGAAUUAAGAAAUGGAUUCGCUGUGCAUCUGCUGCCAAAGAAGAUGAGUCUUUUCCUAAAGAGGGUUGCAGCAGUCCCCACACUGAUGUGUCUCUUGUCAUGGAAAAAGUCUAUGAGGAGCUGGGUGAAAUGAAGAAAUCUAAAUAUCUGCUGAGCAGCAGGACAGAAGAUGAGAAGCCUGGCUACUGGACCAGAGUGGCUGAAAAAAUCAACAAAGUCUUUUUUACGUUAUAGCGGUUCUUCUGUUUUUGAGUGUCCUUUUUACUGCGUGGAAUAUUGAUGGUAUUAAUAAUGAAAGAAGAGAAGGAAACACAAGUCACAAUUCAAUAGGGAAAUAUUGCAUGUGUACCAAUACAGAAUGAUAAAAUACAUUAUAUCUUUCUAAAAAGACUAAGUCUAAGUUGUGAAGAUUGUGAAAUUUCAGGUUGAAUUUCUUGGUUUUGAUCAUGUUCUUUUUUGAACAUCCACAGCUGUUUUUAUUUCUGUUAAUUGUCCUCAGUUAUCGAUUUAUGUGCCUGUUUUUCAGCUGGUAUUUGACCGGUCAUCUGUUUUGUCAUCCUUCAAUUACUUCCUUUGUUCGUGGUUUUAUCAUGUUCAACUUUAAGUUUCUGUCAGCAGGUGUUUCACUUUUGUUACAUUUCUUAUUUUAAUUUCAAGUCUUUCCCCCCCCAAAAGCUUAUUUCUAGUGUUGUUGUAAUUAUUUCAAUUUAAGGUUACACUGUACAGUUGUUUUCUAAGGGUGUACUCAGACUGGACAUAUUUAGUUUGCUUUUUGUGAACCAGAGUUCGUUUCCAAUCAGACUGAGCUCUGAGACUCCUCAGUCUGAAUACAAUCUGUCCACAGAGCGGAACCACUGGUCCAAAACGUGCUGCCUUAGCUGGUGAUCUCGUGAUUGAAACAUCGUCCAAAUGUAGCAACCGAUGAGCCGCGGACAAAUGUACAGCAACGAUUGUCGUUUUAAUGAAAGAGGAAAAAAGGCUAGAACUCCUUACUAGUAUCAUUUAUUUUAAGACAGUUGAAAUUUUUUUUCAUGCUUUUUCUGUGUCUCGUUACGCGGCAUGCGCUGCUGCGAUGUCAUCCUACAAGCUUCCUUGCAGUUCCUUAACAGAAUUCUCUUAUAACAAUGGCAUAAAACCACAACGAUGAGACACAACAACUCAUUGAAAUGUGAUCGGAUGAAUACAGGCUCAUCAGACAACUUUUAACGUGACAAACAUUGCUUCUUACUGCUUUCCUCACAAUCUAUAUGUCAUAAACACUUAUCAGUGUAGCUUGUUAGACAUCUUCUUGCCAGUAACUGCCUUGCAGCAUGCCUCCACCAGACCAAAGCAGCAGUAAAAAGUGAUGAGCUUGAUGUUAACACAGGUGUUUAAAAUUCGUCAGCAAAAUAUAAAGUUUGAAUAACCUACCCUGAGAAGGACUGGAAAGCACAGGAUGUCCAUAAUUUCUGUCUGUAGUUGCUUUGCUCCGCCCUCGUAAAUUCUGACCAAUGGUUGAAGAGAUUUUUAUUCACGUGGUUUUGUUUACAAGCUUUGGUUCAAAUAAAAAAAGGCAGCUUGACGGCAGUCUGAAUAAAGACCAAACGCAAGGUUCAGAGCCCGAUAUAACCAAAUUAAGUGGACUGGGAGCUGUUAAGAACCACGAGUUUCGUCAGCUGUGUUAAGAUGCGACCGGGAGCAGUGGGAGGAAAUGACGUCAUCAAACAAAUGUGUGGGAAAAACAAAUUAUUCAUGUAAAUAUUCUGUAUUAUUGUUUAUAGCUAUUUGGGAUGGAGGGAUUUUGUGGGUUUUUUUUUAAUUUGUUUUCUUUGUAAAUGGUUGGCAUAAAUGGCCAGAAUGAAAAGAAAAUGCCUAAUCAGUGGACUAUUGAAAAUUCAGCCUAAUGGGAGGGGCUUAGACUAUAUAAGAGAGAGAGGUUAGUUGCAGAGAGAGGGCAAUGAAGGAAGACAGCAAUGUGCUCCUCUCCCGUGUAAUGCUGUUAAAUAGAUGUAAAAUAAUUUCACUAAGGAUUAUUACAUUUGGGGAAUUGUGGAGAAGAAUAAACCAGUUGCAAUUGGAACACGACUGCCUGGAUCUGUGAAAUACCCAUAUUCGUCACAAGUGGUGUCAGAAGUGGGAUGGCAAGUCGUGGUUAGAAGACAGGUCGCCAUCCCAGGCGUACUGGAUUAUGCUUACAAAUGUGGUGUGUGUUCAUGGGGACAAUCAUGCUUAUCCUCAAACCGAAAUAACUGUGUACAUUGAUGAACAGCCCUAUCUUCUGACUGUUGGGUUGGUUUGUACCAGUGUUGGUACAUUACCUACAAGGGGAAAGGUAAGGUGGCACUAAUCAGAUUCAUCACCAGAACGGUGUUUCAUGCCCAGUAAUUACUCGAGCCCAGGCAAAAACUGGGGUUCUGCCUCUACCAGACUUGGAUGAAAGUUUAUUCGAAGGGGGUAGUAAAGGGCCAAAAAUGUCUAGACGACAACGGCGCUUUGAAAAGCAACUGGGCAUAACUGAACACAAUGUACAAGGUUUGAAUGCUGAUAAAAUGUGGUAAAUACCUGAAAACUUAGCAGAGUUACAAAAGCAGGAUGACACAUUGAAACAGUUGUUUAAAAAAGUGAAGAAUGUUGAUGAUAUAACCAGUAUGGGGAUGGAUUGCUUUAUUAUUGAAAAUGGGUUGUUGUAUAUUUUGAAUGACAACCACAAACGUUUUGUAAUCCCGGUAAACUGUAGACCUAUCAUCAUGCAUUUAGCGCACACAGUUCCGUGGGCGGGGCUUAUUGGGCGCCACAAAACGUACAUGCGCGUUAGCUCCCAAUUUCAUUGGCCUGGUAUGUACACAGACAUUCAAGCAUACUGUAUGACAUGUCCAAUAUGCCAGAAAACAGCAGCUCCUCGCAGAUUGGAUCGGGCUUGUUUUAAGCCGCUUCCCCUCAUCUCCACACCCUUCCAGAGGAUAGCGGUGGACAUUGUCGGGCCCCUGAAGAAAAGCAGUCAGGGACAUCAGUACAUUUUGGUCGUUUGUGAUUAUGCUACUCGAUACCCAGAAGCAUUUCCCCUACGUACAAUCACUUCAUCAGCAAUCAUUCCUGCACUAACUGAAGUGUUUUCUAGAGUCGGAAUCCCUGAUGAGAUGCUGACUGACCAGGGAACCAACUUGGUUCGCGCUUGAUGCAACAGUUCCACAGACAGCUGGGAAUCAAAUCCCUCAGAACUACCCCGUACUACCCAGAGACUGAUGGACUGGUGGAGAGGUUUAACCAGACUUUAAAGCGGAUGCUGAAAAAAUUUGUGUCUGAGACUGGUAAGGACUGGCAUCACUGGCUACCUUUUCUGCUCUUUGCUUACAGAGAGGUUCCUCAGGCAUCCACUGGGUUCUCACCAUUUGACCUGCUAUAAGGGAGGAAUGUUCAAGGACCUCUUCAUCUCCUCAGUAAAGCAUGGGAAGGAUCUGCCAGCAACCAAAAAGAAACUGGUGUGGUGCAGUUCAUCCUAGAGAUGAGGGAACGUCUGUCAAAAUACCAAGCAGAGGCAGAAAUUAACCUAAAGGAGGCUCAAAGAGCACAGAAGACUUGGUACGACCAACAGGCACGUCCCGAGACUUUAGACCAGGUCAGAAGGUUCUGUUACUCCUCCCUUCUUCAACCAGCAAGUUACUGUCCAAGUGGCAAGGGCCUCACCAUCACCCAGAAGAUGGGGCCAGUCACUUAUGAAAUUCAUCAUCCGGACAAGAGGAAACAAUACCAGACGUACCAUGUCAACCUACUGAAGGAGUGGAAAGAGCCACACCAGAGUCCACCAGAACCAGUUGGUCUGGUAGUGAAAGGAGGUGAGACAGAAAAGGACCCAAGUUGGCAUAACUUCACUAAGAUGACUACACCUGAGCUGUCUCAUCUCACAAAGACCCAAGAGACACAAAUACAGCAGGGAUUGCAGACAGUACCAUCAUUAUUCAGAGGCAAUCCAGGCCGGACCAACCUUACAAAACAUGUAAUUCGAUUGAAAGACAACCGACCCAUCCGCCAACGGCCAUACCGUGUCCCGCAACAGUUUGUGGGAAGACUGAGUGAGGAAAUCAGUAACAUGCAGGAGUUGGGAGUGAUUGAACCAUCAGACUCCGAGUGGUGCAGUACCAUGAUCCUCCUCCCAAAGAAAGAUGGUUCGCUUAGGCACUGCAUAGACUUCAGGAGGCUGAAUGCAGUCUCUGAGUUUGAUGCGUAUCCUAUGCCAAGGGUGGAUAAAUUGCUGGAAAGGAUUGGAUUGGCCGGAUACAUCACCACCCUCUGUAAGAGAUACUGGCAGGUGCCUUUGGAACCAGCAUCUCGACCCACACAGCUUUUCGCACGCCUGCAGGUCUGUUCCAGUUUACUGUCAUGCUAUUUGGCCGCCAUGGAGCACCAGCACCCUUCCAAAGGUUAAUGGAUAAAGUCCUUCAGGGGUUCGAGAAUUUCAGAAGGCCGGGCUGACUUUGAAUAGUGAAAAGUGUGAGUGGCCAAAUACUUAGGCUACCUUCUGGAACAGUGUAUAUAUAUGUAUGUGUAUAUAUAUAUAUAUGUAAAAUUACUCCAGUUCAAUUAAAGUUUUUCCA